GAUGAGUUGAUAAGUCAUUCCAAUCAGGUUUUCUCUUUCUUUUAAGCAACUGACAAACUGUCACGGAAUCUGCCAGACCCCACACUGGCCUUGUGCCUUCUCUCCAGCUCCUGAACUUUUCCUCUUCCCCUCAUGGGCUCUGAGCCUAUUCCUAGCAUACAGGUCCUAGGCUCCUGGUCUGCAGCCAUCCUGGUCCUACUGAGCUGAUCCAAGUGUCCUGCUUCUGCUCCUGGUGGCCUGAUGAUCAAGCUUCAUGGAGGUAUCCUCCAGACCCUCUUCUAACAUCGAUCCAGGCAACUAUGUUGAAGUGAAUGAUUCACUCACCCAUCUACCCUCUAAAGUGGUGAUACAAGACAUUACUAUGGAGCUACACUGUCCACUUUGUAACGACUGGUUCCGUGAUCCACUGAUGCUAAGCUGUGGUCACAACUUCUGCCAAAUCUGUAUCCAAAACUUUUGGAAGCUGCAAGCAAAGGAAACCUUCUGUCCUGAGUGUAAGAUGCUAUGUCAAUAUAGCAACUGUACAUUUAACCUUGUGCUGGAGAAGCUGGUGGAAAAGAUUAAGAAGCUUCCACUACUCAAAGGCCAUCCACAGUGCCCAGAGCAUGGAGAGAACCUGAAACUGUUCAGUAAGCCAGAUGGGAAGUUGAUCUGCUUUCAAUGUAAGGAUGCACGGUUAUCUCCGGAGCAGUCUAAGGAAUUCCUGCAAAUCUCUGAUGCUGUUCGUUUCUUUACGGAUGAGCUUGCAGUCCAUCAGAGUCAACUGGAAACAACCCUGAAGGAUCUUCAGUCUCUGAAGGCCAUGCAGAAGGAUGCUAUUGCUGCUUACAAGGAAAACAAGAUACAUCUGCAGCAACAUGUGUCCUUGGAGUUUCUAAAGCUGCAUCAGUUCCUGCACAGCAAAGAAAAGGACCUUCUAAGUGACCUCCGGGAAGAGGGGAAAGCCUUGAAUGAGGAGAUGGAGAUGAAUCUGAACCAGCUUCAGGAGCAGUGUCUACUUGCCAAAGAUAUGUUGGUGAGCAUUCAGACACGGCUGGAACAGCGGAACUCCUUCGAUUUCCUCAAAGACAUCUCAAAUCUCUUGGAUAGUUUGGAGCAAGGAACAAGGGCGCUGGCACCAAGAGAACUUAUCUCCAGAAAGCUGAACCCAGGCCAUUUCAAAGGUCCUCUUCAGUACAUGAUGUGGAGGGAAAUGCAAUCCACUCUCACUCCAGGCCUAUCUCCAUUAACUCUGGACCCUAAAACAGCUCACCCAAAUCUGGUGCUAUCCAAAAACCGGACGAGUGUGUGGCAUGGUGACAUUAAGCAGGUAAUGCCUGAUGAUCCAGAGAGAUUUGACUCAAGUGUGGCUGUACUUGGCUCAAAAGGCUUUACAUCUGGAAAGUGGUACUGGGAAGUAGAAGUGGCAAAGAAGACAAAAUGGACAGUUGGAGUUGCAAGAGAAUCCAUCAUUCGGAAGGGCAGCUGUCCUCUAACUCCUGAGCAAGGAUUCUGGCUUUUAAGACUAAGGAAUCAAACAGAUCUAAAGGCUUUGGAUUUGCCUUCUUGCAGUCUGAAACUUACUGACAAUCUCAACAAGGUGGGCAUUUACCUAGAUUAUGAAGGAGGGCAGGUGUCCUUCUACAAUGCUAAGACCUUGACCCACAUUUAUACCUUCAGUUGCAUUUUCACAGAGAAACUUUAUCCCUACUUUUGUCCCUGCCUUAAUGAUGGUGGAGAGAAUAAAGAACCAUUACAUAUCUUACAUCCACAGAAUUAGUCAUACUAUUGUAUAAAUUCAGAGAAUAUUAAAGAAGUAUUGAAAUAGUUUA